AUGAUUAUUGAAAAAAGUGGAAUUUCUAGAUAUUUUAUUCAACGACUUGCUAUUGGAUUUGGUGAAUUUGAUAAAGAAUUUAUAAAUAUAAAAAUUAAACAUAAUAAUUUACCAUCAAAUGUUAUAGCUAUAAAAUCAUGGGCUAGUAAUUUACCUUUAGAUGUUUAUUUUUCUAUUUUGAAAAAAGCAACUUUUAUAUAUAGUAAUCAAUUAUGUCUUAAAGGAAAUGAUCUGGAAUUAUUGUAUCUUCUUUCUGGAAGUGAAUCUAAAUAUGAGCAAAUAGUUACAAAAAUUAAUUCAAAUAUUGAUAAAAUUAAAAAAUUGAUAUAUAAAUUUAAACUAAUUCCAUUUCCUAAAAGACAAUAUAGUAUUUUAUCACAAUAUUAUCAAAGGUUUCCAUCAAAUGAUAGUUAUGAAAAUACUUUACAACUCAAUACUAUUGCAAGAUUGAUUUUAUUUAAACCAAAACUUUUAAAUUAUUGGAAAGAUAUUGGAUAUGAUUUUGAAGAUAUUAAUGAUAUAGUUAUGAAGGGAUUACUGAUUUUUCUUUAUCACCCAAAUUUAUCAAGGCAAAAUAUUAUUUUUGAUAAAAACCCUUUAGUUAAAAAAUAUAAAGAAUAUUUAGAUUUUGGAUUUAAAUUAAAUUAUUUUAUGAUUCAAAAUAUUUUUGAUAUAUAUAUCCAAUUACAUAAACUUGAAAAUCUUUAUGAUAUUUUUAUUAAUUCUUUUAUUGAAAUUUUAAGUAAUGAUAAAACUAUUAUUACUAAAACUAUUCUUUUAAAUAAAAUUAUACACAUGCUUCUAAAUUAA